ACAAACGAGGCCUCCCUUCUCUUCUUUGUCUUCUCAAAACCUCCGCCAAAUUUUGCGGCGACUUCUCCAACUUCCCUCUAUAAUUCCAUCUUCCUUCUUUCUCGACCUCGCACACACACAAUCCUUCCUCUUCCUUUCUACUUCCUCCUCCUCACAUCUCUCCUUCUCGCUCUCUUCCACUUCCAUCCACAAUGUCCCAGGUGGUGGCCACGCGCUCCAUUCACAGCUCCUUCGUUUGCCCCAACCCUGGAUCUGCACAACCCAGGGCUGAAAACUCGUUAAAGCCUUCGACUUUUGCUUUCAAUGUUUUCUCACCUAAGAAGACUUCCAAGUUGGGCUUCCACAGAAGGCCAUACCAGAUCACUGCAAGGAAAGCUGCUCUUUCACCUACUGAAGUAGUUCCCGUAUCACCCGAGGAUGAUUUGAAGAUUGAGGAGCAGUUGCAGCAUUUGCGUGGAAUCCAGCAAUUCGGUGACACUUCAGCUGGUAUGUGGUCGAAGCCCACUGUUAGAAGGAAGACGAAGAUAGUCUGUACGAUUGGUCCUUCUACUAAUACUCGGGAAAUGAUCUGGAAGCUCGCUGAGGCUGGCAUGAAUGUUGCUCGCCUCAAUAUGUCUCAUGGGGACCACGCUUCUCAUCAGAAAGUUAUCGACUUGGUUAAGGAGUAUAAUGCACAAUCUAAGGAUAACGUGAUCUCGAUUAUGCUUGACACUAAGGGCCCUGAGGUUAGGAGUGGGGAUUUGCCACAACCAAUCACGUUGACACCUGGUCAGGAAUUCACUUUUACAAUUCAGAGGGGUGUUGGAACUCCAGAUUGUGUCAGUGUGAACUACGAUGAUUUUGUCAAUGAUGUGGAAGUUGGGGACAUGCUUCUCGUUGAUGGUGGUAUGAUGUCAUUGAUGGUUAAAUCAAAGACGGCUGAUUCAGUGAAAUGUGAAGUUGUCGAUGGAGGAGAGCUCAAAUCAAGGCGACAUUUGAAUGUUCGAGGAAAAAGUGCAACACUGCCUUCCAUUACAGAGAAGGACUGGGAUGACAUCAAAUUUGGAGUAGAUAACCAAGUUGACUUUUAUGCCGUUUCCUUUGUUAAGGAUGCUCAAGUGGUUCAUGAAUUGAAGAAUUAUUUAAAAAGCUGUGGUGCUGAUAUACAUGUCAUCGUGAAGAUUGAAAGUGCAGACUCUAUACCAAACUUGCACUCAAUCAUUACAGCUUCUGAUGGGGCAAUGGUUGCUAGAGGUGAUCUUGGUGCAGAGCUUCCCAUUGAGGAGGUUCCACUUUUGCAGGAAGAGAUAAUCAUGAUUUGCCGUAGCAUGGGGAAGGCUGUUAUUGUAGCAACUAAUAUGCUGGAAAGCAUGAUUGUACACCCUACACCAACCAGAGCAGAAGUAUCAGAUAUUGCUAUUGCUGUUCGUGAAGGUGCUGAUGGGAUUAUGCUUUCUGGAGAAACUGCCCAUGGAAAGUUCCCACUCAAAGCUGUGAAAGUAAUGCACACAGUAGCAUUACGGACAGAAGCAACCAUUCCAGGUGGUCAAGUGCCGCCUAAUCUUGGCCAAGUAUUCAAGAACCACAUGAGCGAGAUGUUUGCAUACCAUGCAACAAUGAUGUCUAACACCCUUGGAACCUCUACUUUAGUCUUCACUAGAUCAGGUUUUAUGGCUAUCCUACUGAGCCACUAUCGACCUUCUGGCACUAUAUUUGCUUUUACUGAUAACAAGAGGAUACAACAGCGGCUGGCUUUGUAUCAAGGGGUGUGUCCCAUAUAUAUGGAAUUUUCUGACGAUGCGGAGGAGACUUUUGCUAGAGCGCUAGGCUUGCUCCAGAAGCAAGGAAUGGUAAAGGAAGGAGAAGAAGUGGCCCUUGUACAGAGUGGCAGACAACCCAUAUGGAGGUCCCAGUCCACUCACAACAUCCAGGUCCGGCAAGUGUAAACAGCAACAAAAGAUGGGUUACAACCACUGGUUAAGUUUUGAGCUCAUAAAACAGGAUAAUCUAGUCUAGAGUAGCAUUACGUUACCUCUUUGCCUCUUGGUGGUUUGAUGUCACAAUUGCUUUGCUUGCUUGGUUUAGAUUGUUUCUGUUUCAAUUGUUUUAUUACAUGAUAUUGUAUUUGUUCUCUUAUGAUUUAAAAUUACUAUAUAGGUUGUAUGUGGGACUGAAUUUUGUUAGAGACUGGAAAGAGCAGUUUCUUCCUUGGUUGACGGACUCGGGAUCGAAUUGUUAUAUUCUGUUGUAUUUUUUCAGAACUUGAUCACUGUAAGAAAGCAAUCAAUAAUACUGAAUGGAUGUGAUGAAUUUAGAGAGCGGUGGAUUUUAUUUA